AUGUCCGACAUCAACUCCAACACCUCGCUGUCGUCUUUCCACGAGAAAGCGCAAGACGAGCAAAAGUCCCGCGUCGACACCGUGCCGACCGGCGGCGUCCUCGAACACAAGCGCGACUCGUCGUCGCUCGACGACGACGCCGAGCGCACCGCCGACGCGGACGUCGACAACGUCCUCGCAGAAUACUCCGAAGAACAGGUCGCCCAGAUGGGCCGCGCCUUCGCCCGCAAAUACGACCUCCCCAACGACGACGACGUUUUCGCCCGCGCCGCCAAGCUGGCGCGCAACCCGUCCGGCUACGACCACAUGACGUUUUUGUCCGAAGAAGAGCGCAUCGCGUGCUACGACGAAAUCCACCACCCGUUCCGCGCUCCUCCAAAGCUCAUCCACAUCAUCUGCGCGUCCGCCAUGGGCGCGGCCGUCCAGGGCAUGGACGAGACCGUGAUCAACGGCGCCAACCUUUUCUACCCCAAAGUCCUCGGACUUGCCACGGACGCGGCCGACCGCAACGACCUGCUGCAGGGCCUCGUCAACGGUGCGCCGUAUCUGUGCUGCGCGCUGGUGUCGUGCUGGAUGACCGACUGGCUCAACAACCUGCUCGGCCGUAAGAAGGUCAUCUUCCUCACCUGCUCCAUCUCGGCCAUCUUCUGCCUGCUGCAGGGCUUCGGCCCCGCGGGCACGCGCGGGUGGCACUACCUGUUUGCCAUGCGGUUUCUUCUGGGGUUCGGGAUCGGGCCCAAGUCCGCGACGGUUUCUGUGUACCUCGCAGAGUGCUCCACAAAGCAGCUGCGCGGCAUUGUGUGCAUGAACUGGCAGACGUUUACCGCAUUCGGCAUCAUGUGGGGCUACGUUUUCUCGCUGAUCUUCUACAAGGUGGGCGACAGCGGGAUCGCCGGGGGGCUGAACUGGCGGCUAAUGCUCGGGUCCGCCAUGAUCCCCGCGGUGCUGGUGCUGUUCCAGAUCCCCUUUUGUCCGGAGUCCCCCCGGUGGCUGAUGGGCAAGGGCCGCUACAAGGAGGCGUACGAAAGCACCAUGCAGAUCCGCAACCACCGGAUCCUGGCGUGUCGCGACCUGUUCUACCAGCACGUGCUGUUGAUGGAGGAGAACUCGCUGCAAAUGCCGUACUUCAAGCGGCUCAGAGAGGUGUUCGCCGUGCGCCGUAACCGCAACGCGUUCAUCGUGGCGUUCAUCUGCGCGUUCAUGCAGCAGUUCUGCGCCAUCAACGUGAUCGCGUACUACUCGUCUGCGAUUUUCCUGGACUCCGGGUUCUCGGAGAUCUCGUCGCUGGCCGCGUCGCUCGGAUUCGGCCUCGUUAAUUUCUUCUUUGCCAUCCCUGCAUUUUUCAUGAUCGACCGGUUCGGCCGCCGGUUUUUGCUCCUCAACACGUUCCCCUGGAUGGCGGUGUUUCUGUUUGUGACCGGGUUUUCAUUCUGGAUCCCGGGCCAGCAGGCACGUGUCGGGGUGGUGUCGAUGGGCAUCUACGUUUUCUCGGCGAUCUACUCGUUCGGGUGCGGCGUGGUGCCGUUCGUGGUGGCCGGCGAGGUUUUCCCACUGUACGUGCGGGCCAUCGGCGCGUCGCUGUUCACGGUGGUGCUGUGGGGGUUCAACUUCAUCCUGUCGUUCACGUGGCCGCGUAUGCUGCGGUCCAUGCACGCGCAGGGCGCGUUCGGGUUCUACGCGGGCUGGAAUGUGAUCGGGUGGUUCCUGGUGUACUUUUUGAUGCCCGAGACCAAGCAGCUCACGCUGGAGGAGCUGGACGAGGUGUUCGACGUGCCCCUGCACGAGCGGGUCGCGUUCCAGUUCCGGCAGUUGUGGCCGGACUUCCAGACGUACGUGCUCAGACGCAAAAACGUCGCAAGAGAACCCCCCAUCGACAGACACCACCGCUUGGCCAUCAAGGCGGCCGAGUGGAACGACAAGACGGAGGUGGAGCAGGUCGAGGAGGAGUAG